AGUGCUAACUUCUAGCUCCGAUCUUUCCAGUUUUUAUUUUUUUUGCGGAAUCCGAUCUUUCCAGUUAGCUAGCUAGUCGAUCGACAUUUAAUCCAUGGGGGCUAAAGUUCUUAUGCUGAUCACCGUGGCCAUGGCCAUGCUCGGGAUGGUGCUCGGCGCCAGUCACACAGUGGGCGCGCCGGCCGGAUCAUGGGUCCUGCAAACCAACUACACCCUGUGGGCUUCGAGAACUAGGUUCACCACCGGCGAUGAGCUCCAGUUUCAGUACUCCACCACCGUGCACAAUGUGGUGGAGGUGAGAAAGGCUGGGUACGACUCCUGCAACAGCUCCAACCCCAUCGCGACGUUCCUGACCGGCAACGAUGUCGUCCCACUUGCAGCCAUUGGGACGCGGUACUUCAUCUGCGGCGUUCCAGGGCAUUGCGUCGCCGGUAUGAAGGUUCAAGUCAACGUGAAGUCGAAGGCAGUGCGGACAGUACAACGGUGCCGAGGGACGGGGAAGCGGCUCCGGUGCCGGUCCGAGACUGUAUUAAGCUCGGCCACAACAGCUGGCAUUGAUCAGUCUGUGGUGGCGCGGUUAGGUCUGGCCAUUGUCGCGGCUGGUCUCGUGUUGUUCUUUUAGUGACCGGCGAUUAUGGUGUUUUUUUCUUCUUGACGCGCCGUGCAUGCUUAUUUGUGUAUUAUAAAUAAGUUCUUUUGUUAAAUGUAAUUUCUUCCAUUAUAAUUGAAUUUAACUUAUCUUCUUGCCAAACCGAACUAUAAUCAUGGAAAAAUGUAAAGGGCAGUGCGAGGUGUCCGUCGGCCGGCCCAAAUUUCGGUCGACUGCGUAUUAGUCGUUAGAUGCAAGCUGCGUGGGCCGUCUGAUUUGGUUGCUCAUCUCCUUCCUCCCCACACCUUGCGCAGUCUCGCCCAACAUCCUUCCCCUCGCGCAGCUUGCCAGUGCCCCCCGGGCAAC